UUUGCAUUUAACUUUGACCUUUCAUCUUUGACUUCUCAACUGUAAAUUUCAGAUUUCUAAAAUUUUUCUGCGGUUUCCAUUUUGCGAAAUUUUUUGCUCAAUCGAUCUCGCCAAGAUGAUCCGGUUCAUACUGUUGCAGAACAGGCAAGGAAAAACUCGACUAGCAAAAUAUUACAUUCCCCUGGAGGAAUCUGAGAAACACAAAGUCGAAUACGAGGUUCAUCGAUUGGUUGUUAAUCGGGAUCCCAAGUUCACCAACUUUGUGGAGUUCCGAACCCACAAGGUUAUCUACAGGCGAUAUGCUGGAUUAUUUUUCUCACUGUGUGUAGAUAUUACCGAUAACGAGUUAGCUUAUUUGGAGAGCAUUCACUUAUUUGUGGAGAUUCUGGACCAUUUUUUCAGCAAUGUGUGCGAGCUGGAUCUAGUGUUCAAUUUUCACAAGGUAUACCUCAUACUAGAUGAGUUCAUACUUGCCGGAGAACUCCAAGAAACUAGCAAGAAGGCAAUCAUAGAGAGAAUGGGAGAAUUGGAAAAGCAGGAGUAAAAUUUGUGUCACAGACUAUUACGAAUUGAGAAUUCUUCUUGCCUUCUAUUUUCGCUCAUGUAAUGUUUGUUCUGAUGCUAUAGGAUCUUUGUCGAUGACAUUUGCAAUAAUUUUGUUUGUGCAAGGAUGUUUUGUAUUCUUAUGUCCAGAAUGAGUGUAUUGAUUGAAUGCUUGGGAACUUUCACUAGAUAUUUGGACCGAAAUUUGUACA